AGAGCAACCAAUUCUUUCAACUGGUCGAUGUAAUGUAUCACAGUGGACUUGCGAUUGAAAAUACGCAGACUGUCUACCUCAGCACUUCUACCUCUGUAUUGCAAGUAUCUGGAUUACAGAAUUUGUUUAACGUCGUCGAAGUAAAAGUUGCAGGCUUCGGAAACAGUAAUGCAAUUGAUUUGGACAUAUGUUUUCUGCCCCAAGCAACGACCUUCGAGUAUCUUGAAGAUACAGGCACUUUGGAGGUCACUCACUUCAGAAGAUUGGUGAUUCGACUCCAAAUUGGCCCGAGAUAUGUUUCUAGACAUUUCAGAUUGACACGUGGUCUUUAUGGCUCUAGGAUUAUUUAUCAUCUUCCUGCUCCUCAUUACCCUCCUGAUAGUUGUUCAUGUGAGCCUGUGUGUCCAUAGGAGAUUUACUAAGGCUUCUUCAAUGUGUGCAUGUCUGCCUUUGUCAGCACAAGACCAAAAUUAGUACA